AUGCUUAACAAAGUGGACCCGAUGUGCCAGACGAGAUGCGGCCUGGAUGGAUUCCUACCAGCACGCAAUCGCAAUCGCAAUCGCGUGCAACACGCGACUGGUCUCAGCACCGUCGAUAAUGGCGAAUUGAACCGGCAUCUCUAUUUCCACUGUCCCAUGGUCAUAUUGGGUCGUGGCCACCAGGGCAAGUACUUCAAGCUGGACGUGUGGCUGCGAGGGCCAAUAAACGAAAACUUCUACGUCACAACGAGAAUACGCGUAAUCAAGUACUAG